AACGUCAUUCAUUCAUAAAACCGGUACAGCAUUGCAAGAGUAACCGUUUCGCAGUGAACACGUCCAUUUAAAUUUCAGUGUUUCUUAUAAAGUGCUUACGACAUGAGUGGGAAUUUCCUUACGAUACCCAACGAUGACUCUAUCCAGCGGCGAUCGAGGAGUUCAUCCCUCACAGAUCUCAUUUCGGCGUUCGACACAAAGGCGCAGGCGCACAGUGAAUUACAGAAAAUAACGGCGUUCAGUGGACAAUUUGACAAAAACCACAAACCCACAUUCUCAAAGGAUGAGUACGGAAAACCAAUACCUGGAUCAAAAACGGAAUACCGAGGAGCAGAAGCCCAGGCGAGGGUAUGCACAGAGAUGAAGGAGCUGUGUGAAAUUAUCAACGAGUACGGAAAAUCACCCUGCAAAAGUCUCCUGCCCCCCGAACUUCAGAGCGCCACGAAAGUAAUAUCCUUUGGAGAACUGUUCACGAUAUACACGGUCAUAUCAGAUAAAUUAGUCGGCAUUUUACUGAGGACACGAAAGCAUCAAUUAACAUACUUUGAAGGAGAGGUUUUAUUCCAAAAACGCGAUGAUGACGUCCCCGUAUUCCUCAUGCAAUCGAUCGCCGACAUCAGAGCGUACUGUGAUAACAAGGCCUUACAGGCGCGACGAUCAGUGUCGCCCAUGCCUAACUAACCCGUCUAGACGCACCUUUAAAAUGCACACAAAAGGGCCAAUGUAAAUACCCCCUUAUGAUUAUGUACUAGAAUAAAUUUUCUACAAAAUAUGCAGUAAAUUGGACGUUGAACGGUAAUUUGCUAUGUGAGUAAGCCUAUCAUACUGCAAUCAAUCGAUUUUUUAUACGUAUACAAUAUUUGACUCCACAAUUCUUAGAACUA